AUGGCGCAAUCUGUUGCUUCUGACGAGGCUGGCAUUUCCAAAUGCGAGGCCAUUAUACAGGUGGAGGGACAGAAUGAAAAACAAACGCCAGACUUUGAAAAACCUGAAGAUUUACCAGAUCUGAAUGCUCAGGAUGGUUCCCCGCUAUCAGCAAAUCUGGAUCCAUUCGUAUCCAGUGCUUUCAAAGACCACUCCUUAUUGCCUAUCCUCAGUAUGGUAUCGAGUGUCAUGGCCGGUGCCACCUACCUCCCUGUUUCUGAGAUUCUCAAUUUGUGA